AUGGCUCUCCCUAAGACAGAGCAUCUAUAUGCGAAAUUCAAUGCAGGCAUUAUCGAGCGUCAACAGGCAAAUACUGUAAAGCUAACAAAAGCCAGCUUCCCCGCAGUCCGCGCCUGCAUUUUUGACAUGGACGGUCUCCUCAUCAACUCGGAAGACAUAUAUGGCCGGCCUCUUUUGACUCCGUCAAUCCGCGCACAGCUCAUGGGCGUCGCAGACUCAACAAAAGGCGAGUUAUUCCACAACUGGGCCAAAUUGCCAAUCUCCCGCGAGCAGUUCGCCCUUGAAUCAAGCGAAGCAAUGCGACUGCUUUUUCCAAAUUGCAUGCCGCUACCUGGUGCGAAGAAGAUUCUAACGGAUCUGAGUUGUGCACGAAGUGCUGCUUCUGGGGAUGUGAUUCAGCUGGCUUUGGCAUCCAGUACCAAGACGCAUAGUUACAAAUUGAAAACUUCUAGGCUAGAAUCGAAACGAUUGCUUAGUUUCUUCCCGCCCGAUAGAAAAAUCUUACUUGAUGACCCCCGAGUUCGACAGGGUCGAGGGAAGCCAGCGCCUGAUAUUUACUUGGUCGCGUUGCAGGUUCUGAACUCCGGGUUGGAACCUGGUGAGAGUCCCAUCCUCCCUAGCGAAUGUUUGGUCUUUGAGGAUAGCAUUGCGGGGGUAGAGGCUGGAAGACGAGCUGGGAUGAGAGUUGUUUGGGUACCGCAUCCAGAUGUGGCAGCCGAGUAUCAACCGAGGUACAAGGAUAUCCUAGCAGGGAGGUCCGGGAGAUUUCAGGUCGGAGACAACUGGCAGCUAGGAGAGGUUGAUGAUGGCUGGGCUGAAAGUAUACCGAGUUUGGAGGAAUUUGAUUAUGAGAAGUACGGCCUCAAUGUGCGGUCUUAA